UCUUAUAAUACAGUCACUGACUCAAUCUCUGGUCGUGGAGAGAACUCCCAGCUUCUCCUUUACAAAUGGGCUCCGCUGCCUAGCGUCUAAUCCACAGAGCCAGGCUCCUGAAAGUGCAACACGUCAGGGAACAGGGUAAAAAACAUCGUUCUAAAAGACCUGAGAUCUGAAAAUGGCAUCCAUUCCAUCAAGUGGCUCGCUCGUAGCAACGCACGAUUAUUACAGAAGACGCCUGGGAUCCACAUCUAGUAACAGCUCAUGUGGGAGUGUGGAUUACCAAGGAGAAGUGAUCCCUCACCACCCAGGUCUUCCCAAGUCGGAUCCUGGUCACUGGUGGGCCAGUUUCUUCUUUGGCAAAUCCACUCAUCCUGUCAUGACGACUCUGUCUGAAUUCCCAGAGAACUCAGGAACCUUUCAUGUGACCAACGGCCUGAUCCCUUGCGGCCUGCCUCAGGAGCCAGUGAGGAAGAAUAAUGUCGGUGAAAAAACUGACAAUAGCGCCUCUGCUUGAUUCCUCCAUGCAUUCCCCUCCUCACUAAGACGCUAGGUGGUGGAGCCCACCCUUUCCACCCCUCCUCCCACUCCCCCCAGACUGCCCUGUUUGUAGUCAUAGUCUUGUUAAUUUUUUUUUUUUUUAUAAUAUAAAAAUUAAAAUUGCCAAAAAAAAGCUUUUUACUACAUCAGUAACACUGAAACGUUCUUAAUUGUCUGCUAUCCUGCCUUAAAGAGGCCUUGUCUUUUUUUUGACAUAUGUUCUAAUAAAUCUGGGCAGUCGUU